AUGGCCACAGCCGGAACCGUUUCUUCAGGUCCAGCGAGUUCCACUGGUAAGUGCACAUUCUCUGAUAUCUCUACACCUAAUAGCUACUCGUUUUGGAGAUCAUAUGUCUGAGACUCUUUCCUGUAGAAUGUGGAUUGCGCUUUAAAUACAGCCGUGUGACAGAACCCACCUUUGCCAAGUACACAACUCCAUGUCCUAGGGUUGGCACUGUUCAGUAGUGCACAACAUAGCUACUAACAGGAAAAAGUGACAAUAACCGUUUAACCCCCCCAUGCGAUCCCACAGAUGUGCAGACUCAGUUCUGGAGGAGACUAUCCUCAGAGGUACCAGUGUGUCUGUGUGAAAACACAACUACACUGUCUGCUCCCAUGUUUGUGGUGGUGUAUGAAACCCUGUCUUUUCAGUGAGUUUUUCAGAGGUGACAAAUAACUGAAACUUGGGUGUUCAUGAUGCAUGCAGUAGUGUGUGAUUAUGUUUUUGGUUGACAAGACACUGCCACACAGGCAAACACAUGUACUUUGUAUUUUUAUUUACAUCAUGUCUUUUGUUACUGUCAACAGGAAAUUACAAAAUAGUAGUGUGUGUGUGUGAGAGCUUGCAAACCACAGAUAAAUGCACUGGUUGACAUGAACUAUUCAGGUUCUGUCAAUUUAGGCCUGUGAAUGUUUGCAUGCCUCGUUGUCUUGGAAACUGAUUCAGCUGCCCAAAGCUGGGACAACUGGUAACUGAUGACAUCCCAUGUACGCAUCUUACUCCUUGGGCUAUGUCAUUUUAAUAAUAAGAAUAAUAAUAGUAUUACAUUUCUAUAGCGCUUUCAGUAACAAUCUCAAAGCACUUAAAAAGCAAGCAACAAACAAGCAAUACAUCGUCAUUAGUAGCCUAGCUAGUUCUUUUUUUAUAUUUUGUAUUCAUAUUCAGUCUUAGGCUACAGAAUGUGGUGUCUUGACACCUUUGAAUGUAUCCGUGGCCAAAAAACACCUUUUGUAUAAACUGGGUCUAAGUAGGUUUUUGUGUGUUUUUAGACUGGUUGGGAUUGGCAUGACCAAUGGCAACAAUUGACAACGGCAGCUCUACGGUCUAUUGCACAGUACAGUGUGUGCAGUAACCAACGGCUCUCAAAUCUUUUUGCUUGUUCUGUCUUUCAUUCUUUCUGUCCCUCACUUUUAAUUUCUUUCUGUAGGCUCAACUGGGACUCGGAAGAUGGCUUCUUUAGAGGUGAAAAGAUGAAGAUGUACAGUGUGGUUUCCACGCCAAUAUUUUAUGCCUUCAGUAAUCACACUAAUAUAUAUAAAGUAGGCUCACCCAAAGGUUGUGUUAUGUUCUUUGUCUCUCCCUGUGACUCACCUCUUCUUCCACUCGCAGGGUCCAGGGUCCUCAAGCUCAUCUCAAACUAUAAAGAAGACUAUUGGCCACCGUGGGCUUGACCCCACUGGGGAGACCACCUACAAGAAGGUCAGAGUUCUUGGUCAACUCCCAUUCACACACUGUAACAUACCUCAUCUUUCCUACUUGAAUGUUUUUCUCAUGUCUUAUGAAUGAACAUAUUCAGUCCCUGUUGUCAGUUAAUUACAUAACAUAAUUGUGAAGAUACAUCUGCUGGUUUCUAAAUGUCUCAGUUAUUUAUAUUUCCCCAUUUGAAGAGGUCAUAGUCCUGAGAUAACUGACAAUGUGUGUAUGGUUGUCGCAGCUGAUUAGAAAGCAGUGAGCACUGUCAGGAAUGUUUAUGUAAUUUGGGGUGUAUUCACUAGGAACUAAACAGGACGAAAUGGGGAUGGACAUAUCUGAAUUUGUCUAAUAGGAACACUAGUUUUCAUAAAAAAAAAACAAUUUUAUAUAUAUAUAUAUAUAUAUAUAUAUAUUUGCUACGGUCUGCACCCCAGGCAUGCACUUCAAACUCAAAGAGCACUCCUCUGCUGAGUUUAACAUGUGCAUAUGUUCAACCUGGGAAAUACGUUAUCUUACCUUCUAUUCAAUCUCGAUCUCUGCUCUGCCCUCCUCCAGACUACCUCAUCUGCCCUGAAAGGUGCCAUCCAGUUGGGCAUCACACACACAGUGGGCAGCCUGAGUCAGAAGCCUGAGAGAGAUGUACUCAUGCAGGACUUUGAAGUGGUGGAGAGCAUAUUUUUCCCCAGGUGUGUGUGGUUUAUAGAGAGGAAAGUAUAGCGGGAGUAGGAAGCAAGGAUGGGAUUUUUAUGUCAAUAUUGCAAGUUUGGAAUUGUGACAACCAAAUAGGUUAAUUAAUGUUCUCCCCAAAUUUACCAUGGCAUUGUUGAAUACUAGUUUCUGAUUGGCUUGAAGGACAUUCUAGAGCUUGCAUUAUUUCCCUAUAACGCACUGUAUAUUUGCACGGUAGAAUUCAAUGGCUAUAGUUCAUUCUUACAUGCUCUGUUUGAGCUGCUUUUGAAAGCAAAUGUCGAAUUGAAAACGUUUGCAUUGUUGAUUUUCAUAAUAGCAAGCUAGGACUGAUGGUUCGGCUAGCUAAACUAGCAGGUUUGUUUGUUUACCAAGGCAACUACUAUAGCUAUCUAGUAAUUGUGAAGAUACAUCUGCUGGUUUCUAAAUGUCUCAGUUAUUUAUAGUAUCUUUCUCUGUGCUCUGCCCUGGUGGGACAAAAAGAAGGCUGACAUCGACAGGCCCGACAUUCAGUACACCAGCAACUGUGACAAAGUUGCCUCUGUAGCCUGAACACUGACUUUCACAUCGACCUUGCUCUCCAGUGCUCCCAGCUAUUUUUGCUGAUAAACGUUAUACCGUUCAAGAGGUUGUUGAGAAUAUUUCCUAGUGCCAGAUUUCACAUACCUGAGAAGAGUAUUGAAGUAGAGUAGGCCUUUUCUAUAUAUCUUUAGUGUUUUUAAAGAUGCCUAUGUUGAGCAUUUUAAUUACGGUCUCAUUUUAAGAGGCCUAUUCAACAAAAUGUUUUUUAAACAAAUGAAUACAAUAGAUUGUUUACUUAGAAUGAAUGCUGUUUUUUAAGUUUCUGGAUCUUCACUGGGCUCAAAUGAAAAAUACUUUUUCUUCUGGUGACCCUGUGGAGAAAUACAAACCAACAGUAGCCUGUGAAAUUUGUAAGUCGCUCUGGAUAAGAGCGUCUGCUAAAUGACGUAAAUGUAAACGUAAAUGUAGUAAACUUGCUAGCUACUUCAGUGGAUGUUGAACACAUUUCUAGCAGCAAAUGUGUUAAAUUAUAGCUAUGAUAUAAAAGGGAUAAUCAACUCGUGGCUCUAUGUGUUCUCUGGAAAAUAAUGCAACUCUGUGGAAGGUUAGUUCCACUCUGCUAGUGGGUUGUGGAACAUACGUUUCACGUCGUUCAUUAUUUUCCAAAGAACGCAUAGCCUCUCAUUGAUUAUCCCUUAAUGUUCUCCUCUGCUUCAAUAUUGCAUUCUUAACAAGUAGAAUUGUGUUUACGUAAGUAGGCUCAUGUUCUCUGUCUGCUGUCACUUAUUGAUGUAUUAAUCACACUCCUAUAUUCGUCCUUAGUGAGGGCAGUAACCUGACCCCAGCCCACCACUACAGUGACUUCAGGUUCAAGACCUACGCUCCCAUCGCCUUUCGCUACUUCAGGGAGAUGUUUGGUAUCCGACCAGACGAUUACCUGGUACAACACUCUCUCAACCCACCUUGCUGUCCUUCUUCUGUUGCUGGAAGCUAAAUGAGAGCAGGAGAAAAUAAGGAGAGAGAAGACUGAACGUAGUAUAGUAAAACAACAGAUUAUAAAGGAGAUCAACAGGGAAAUCAUAGAUGGUAAAGGCAAUACUGGAAGUGGAAUGGUCUAUUUAACUACCGUAUAAACUUCAAUUGAAAGCCCAGUCUCAAAUAGCCGCUGGGCAACGGCACACAUUUCAAAUAAACGCCCUUUUUCAAAUAAAAGGCCAGUCUAAAUGAAUUGUUUAAGAGGUUACUAUUAAUUGUUUACAAGGUUUAAUGGUUGAUUUGUUACAUUACAUAAUUCACUAAUGACUCUAAAAAAUUAUGACAAUCAUUUGUUUUUAUUGCCAGUAAAAAAAACUGUUAGCUAUUGGCUGCUAACAGCUGCUAGCUAACUGGCAAGCACAAAAACAGUCAACAACUUCGGGAGUACAGACCCCCAGAAAUCGGCUGAUCGCUCUCUAGUGGCGAAAGUAAGAACUGCCGAAAAUGCAGUCAGAGGAUAAUCAUUAUUUUUUUCUCGAAAUAGAGGCAUACUAAAUACAAAAGAAAUGUGACACUGUGUGUAAAUGAUAACACAUUAGUGCAGUGUUAGAAAUUGCGUAAUUCAAAUCUGGUAUUGGAAUAAGAGAACAUAAUCAAGAGAUAUUCAAUCCAAGCUAAAUUUAUUAUAUGCAAAAUGUAUGUAUGAUAAGUAUGAAGGUUCGUAUACGGGCUCACUGAAAAACCACGCAGGGCAGACAGAGAACUAGAAGUAUUGUUUACAGAUUCUUUCUCAAAUACUCUGACAGAAAGCCUCCACCUCUUCUGUUGGCCAACCAGAGCAAAGGACUGAGUGUGGUCCAGACUCCAUUCAGCCAAUCCGUUGGCGCAGGGGUUGGUCCCAACUCCUCGGCACUCCAUUUGUUGCACUGUUGCCAGGCAUAAGUUGCUAUGAUAAUAACCUGCGGAGUCAGCACCCAAAAGACACCAUUCCACUGUAUUCCAUGUACCCAUGUUCAAGGACAGUUUCACAGACAACAAAGAGAGAGUGUUCGUAUCUGUAAGAAAUACAAGUCUUAUCUGUCCUAUCCCUAACGUUCCUUACAUGAAUAACAGCCUGUUAUGUGAAACAAUUUAUAUCAGUACAGUUCAUUAAUGCAUUCCUUCCAAGCUAUUCAUCACAUACAGAUCCAAUUAUGAGAAAAAUAGAACCCAACAGCAGGAAAUGAAUAAAUGUAUUAAAAUGCUGGAAUUUAACAAUUAACUAUGCACAUGAGCUGUGUGCAUUAAGGAAAUAGAUGUCUGGCUCAAAUAGAAGCCUGUCUCUAAUAAGUGCCUGUUGUGUCCAGUGAUUUAAGCAAAUAAAUGCCCAGGCUAUUAAUUGAAGUUUGACGGUAACAAAUAAUGAAUCACUGUUUUUGUUGCAGUACUCGCUGUGUAAUGAGGAACUGAUUGAGCUGUCCAACUCUGGAGCCAGUGGAUCUCUGUUCUACGUCUCCAGCGAUGAUGAGUUCAUCAUUAAGACUGUGCAGCACAAAGAGGCCGAGUUCUUACAGAAACUAUUGCCUGGCUACUUCAUGGUAAGAGAGUGAGUGUGGGUACGCAUGUGCAUGCAAGAGUGUGCGUGUCUGUGUGGUAAUCCAUUGUGUACCCUAUGUUUUGUCCUUUGAGUUACCAAGUUGACCUAGUAAUUGCUACACAAUUCAAGAUUUGUCCUGAGUGUUUCCUGAUUUACUAUGUGUGUUGCAUUCUAUGCUAAUAAAACAGUACCAAAGUGGAUUUGAUUGAUAUACGUGGACCCCAAUCCUUUCCCCUCCACUCGCUCUCUAGAACCUGAACCAGAACAAGCGAACCUUGCUGCCAAAGUUCUACGGUCUCUACUGUGUCCAGGCGGGGGGAAAGAACAUCCGCAUCGCUGUCAUGAACAACCUGCUCCCGCGCGCCGUGCGCAUGCACCUCAAGUACGACAUGAAGGGCUCCACCUAUAAGAGACGAGCCUCGACCAAGGAGCGAGAAAAGGCUGUGCCCACAUUCAAGGACCUGGACUUCAUUCUGGACUUUCCCGACGGUCUGCUGCUGGAGCCGGACAACUACAACGCCCUCAGCAAGACCAUCCAGAGAGACUGCCUG